AUGAAUGGACCUAAUGAGAAGGGGUGUGAUAUGCAAAAUAUUCCAAAGAUUUUAAAAGCUUUCGUUACUGAGACAGUGAAAGGAAUUCAGUGGGUUGUCGAAGCUCACCUGAACCAGUUGGGGUACAGCAACACAUGGAAAUUACAAAGAAAUACACAGCUUCCCGAAAGACCGGAGCUUGACCAAGACCAACUGCAAAAUAUCCUUCAAAAUACAAAAUUCCCAAUAUGCCAGAAUAUUGACGUUAUUGUACCCCAAAAACCUCGUACCCAAAGCCAGGAAUUAAAGUUGCGUAGAUUCCUCAAUGUCAUUGGCGAUCCUUGUGAAAAACAGCCUGGAGCAGCUAGACAAGAAGUAUCCCCUGUUCGUCAUGAUAGCUUUGUCAGAGACGAUGAUAGGAGAGCCUACGAGAUUGAACAUUUUAUUUCGACUGAAGAGAACUAUGUACAGAAACUACGGGCACUUGUGAAUUCAAUCGCACUUCCUUUGCGAGCACAGGCCCAUAGCAGAAACCCGAUUCUUAAUUCUUUUAAACAUGCCACCAUCUUCAUCAACUGUGAUCAACUAUUGGAAGUUAACGAAGUAUUCUUGGCAGAAUUAAAGCAGCUAAAUAACAGUACUUCUGACGAUUGCUUUGGCGAUGUUUGCGCAAGAAACAUGAACGCAUUUGACUGUUAUCGAAAAUACCUCUCCGGGAAGAGAGGAUCCGAGGAACUCCAAAAGAAGGAAUAUGCUGAAAAUCAAGCAUUUCGAAGCUUUAUUGUCAGAGCCAAAGAAGAUCCACGCGCAAAAGCAUUAGAAGGUACACUGUCUGCUCUACUCAUGGAACCAGUUCAGCGCAUUAGUCGCUACACACUACAACUUGGAGUCAUUAUUAAGUACACGCCCAAAACGCACCCUGACUGGAUUGGACUUACAAAAGCCCAUGCAAAGUUUGAUGAAAUUGCUAAGAUGGUAGAAGACGAUCUUACAAAGCUGGCAAAUAUGCUCCAUAAUCUGUAUACAUCAAUCAAAGAUAGUCCUUGCUCCUUAAUUAACCAAAGCCGCUCUCUUGUUACCCAUCUGGAUGCCACAGAAAUUCAUCGUGAGACAUUAAAGCCAAUUCGGCCAGUUACUCUAUUUCUAUUUACAGACAAACUUAUGGUUGCCAGUCGACACUCCCACCAAACCAAGAGUAUGGAAGUGUGUGGAAUGAAUGAUGAUAAAUCAUCGACUUCAGGAUCAUUUAUUCCAAAGAAACUAGAGCGAAUUCGUCCUAAUCAGAUGCUAAGAUUCAAAGGCUGGGCUGAUGUCGAACAAGUGGAGCUGUUUGAAGGCAUACAAGAUCGACCUGAUUCCUUCUUAUUACGGGUAUCUUCAGCACAGGAACAACAACCACAGGAUCAGCAAUGUUCGGAUUCCACGGCCUAUUUCCAAAAAUGUGCCCGCCUAUUUGCUGCUAUUCCACCAAAGGAAAGCAGAACUUCUCUUGAAGCCUCCUACGUUGAAACAUGCCAGGAAUUUAUAGCCUCGUUUCAAAAGACCCAAGCAUUGUCACGUCGUUAUGAACCUACUGAUGAAACAUUUAGUCGAUCCUGGCAGGGUCUAGAUGUCUAUAGUAGCUUCUAUACGCCUAAUAGCUACAAAACUGCAAAAUACAGGAAUAAUAUUGCAAUUGCUUAUGUGGAAGAAGGAUCGGACAUAGAGAUCGAGUCUCUAAUAAGCCAAGUAAACACGCCAUGGAUAAUUGGUCUAGUUCAGUCUGACACCAAAGGGUAUCGUUUGUCUCUUUCCAGCAAGAUAAACCUAGCUGAACGAGAUCUUGACCGUGCAGCCAGUGGAUCUGACAAUGGAAAUAAGGAGAACAAUGAGUUUGUGUCUGUGUUUUGGUACAAUGUAAUAAUGUGCGAGCGAAAAUUGAGACAUGCUUCAGGAUUUACUAUGGUUCAUGACAAGACGACAGAAGAAGAGCUAGAAAAACGAUCUCGGUCCCGCUCCCGCUCCCGUUCCCUUUCUAGAUCAACCAGUGGUGUCACGCUCUCAAAAAUAUUUGGUAGUCGAUCUCGAUCAACAUCUCCUUCUCGCAGCCAAGUGAGUUUAUCUUCAUCCUUAUCGUCGCCAUUGGUCCACAAUGUCGCCCCACCCAAGAAACGUAAUUCUUUCGGUCCAAUUAUCCGACCUCGCGCCAAAAGUCUGUCUGUCGACAGUGCACCUCUCAUCAAACCACGUCCCCAAUCUCAGAUCAUUCAAAAGACAAACGGGUCAACGAGUGAUGUUAGCUUGUCUGAUCUUCAACCUUAUGAUCUUGUAAAGCGGCAAGAAAGCGCUAGCCCUAAUAAGAAAGAUACAAAAGUGAUUCUAGAUCUCUCACUCAAAAGACGAUCAAUGCCAGAAAAUUAUUGGGCAAAUAGUCAUUCCGUACAAAAGAAACCUUUAGAAAAUAGCAGCGAUUUUCCCCAGACACAUUCACCUCUAUCAUAUUCCACAAACGAAAAAGCAAAAAGUCCGGGAGACGCAGACAUUCAGGAUCUUAAUUCUCGUCCUUCUAGUCGCAGCAGCACGACAUCCACAGUCAGCUCCAAUCAACACACCAACAAUUCCUACGCGCACUCUAGCUAUAAUACCCUUUCCUCUUUAACAAGCCAAAGUACCCGUAGUUCACUUAGUCUUGAAGAUCUUGAAAUCACAAAGGAUAUACGUACGCCAAGCUAUUUCACAAAUAGCUCCACAUUAUUCUCUGAUCCGGUUGAUAAUGAUGAUUAUGCAAGUCAAGUCCACGAAAAAUACCUGGCUCGAAAACGCACCAAUAGUAACGACAGAAUCACACGUAAAUUCUUACAUGAACGUCCUGCACUUGCUACAAUUAUUGCCCCACAAGUCAUUUCGUCACAGGAUGCUGUUCAUCAACUCACAAAAGAGAUGAAUGCAUCACUGUGUCAGCUAAUUGAGAGAUGUAACGCCAUGGAACUCCAGGCAAGACGUGUAACUGAUCAAAUUCGAGUGCCAUCUACGGAGGGAGAUGUUCUACAAGACAUCUGCAAAGAGCUACGUGGUGAUACGUAUGCAAUGUACCACCACUUGAACACAAAGCUGGGUAACAUACUUGCUAUGCUUGAAACAAACGCUCAGCAACCUACGAAUACACCCAGACCAACAAUAGCAUCCGCAACAUCAACAGACGAUGAUUCAAAGGAAAGUCUCGACAGAGCCUUAUCAGAAAGAGACUAUUGGCACCGUAGAGCAAAGUAA